GUUCCCACGGUGAGUAUGUCACAGGCGAGCUCUAUCGGAACUCAAUUUCAGACAAGUAACGAAAAGACAAACACACUACAUCAAUUCAUCAGCGACAUAUUCCAAAGGGGGAAGUAUCUGCCCCUGGAUCAGCUUUGUGUUGUUGAAGGUGAAAUAGCUUGGACGCUAUAUGCAGAAAUAAAUAUACUCGAAUUUGAUGGGGGCUUAGAAACUGCCAGUUUGCUGGCUUUAGUUGCAGCGCUUCAGAAUGUUUUAUUACCAGCCUACGAAGCUGACACGGAAGCCGGAGAGAUGGUCCCCACGGAGGCUGAUGCGACCAAAUUAGAUAUGACGGGGGUUCCUUUUGCCCUGGGCUUUUCGCUCUUUGAUGACAGCUUAGUAACAGAUCUAACGAUGGAAGAAGAGGUGCUUAUGGAUUCACGCGUGUGUGUGGUCGUCGAUUCCUCGGAGAAUAUCGUGAGGGUGGAUAAGAUAGGUGGCAGACCGCUGAGUAGUGAUAGGCUACGGAGUGUGGUACACACCACAAAGAGAAAUCUAAACGGCGUUUUGGAAACGUUGGCUGCAGCUUAAAAACUAUGUAGGAAAACAAAAUUAAAUUUAAAAUUGAUUCAAAUUCGUAAAUAGUGCUUGACAACUAACAGGCAGGGAUGACUCACAGGAAUAAAUUGGUAAAAAUCUAGCCAAACAAGGCACCAC